ACUGAACUGAUUAUGUGACAAGAAAAAUGACAUCAAUGAAACAUUAUGAUACAAUAACAGGAAUUGACACCAAUUUCAUUUUAUUAAAACACUUGUAAAGCCGAAGCGGCCGAAGCCCGAAGAGCCCGAACCCGAACCCGCGAACCGAGCCGAGCCGAACUCGAACUCGACGAGUCGAGCUCAAGCUCAAGAAAAAUGCAAUGAAAGUGACGUUUUAGGUGGACAUACGUAUUAUGUUUUUGUUGUAUUUACUGUAAUUUGUGUGGGUGUGUCCCACUUAGUAUUGAAUUGUAUUCAAGGUGUCGCAGGGUACGAUGCAGUUUAUGCUUCUAUUUAGCCGUCAAGGCAAGUUAAGACUUCAAAAAUGGUAUGUGGCACACCCAGACAAAUUAAAGAAAAAGAUAACUCGAGAGCUGAUAACAACAAUCCUCGCUAGAAAACCGAAGAUGUGUAGUUUCUUGGAAUGGAAAGAUGUAAAAAUUGUGUACAAAAGGUACGCAAGUCUCUACUUUUGCUGUGCCAUUGAGCAGGAUGCCAAUGAACUGUUAACAUUAGAAAUAAUCCAUCGUUACGUUGAGCUCUUAGACAAAUAUUUUGGCAGUGUAUGUGAACUGGACAUAAUAUUCAAUUUUGAAAAAGCCUACUUCAUAUUAGAUGAAUUACUUCUGGGAGGCGAAAUCCAAGAGACAAGUAAGAAGAAUGUGCUGAAAGCCAUUGCUGCGCAGGAUCUCUUGCAAGAGGAUGACGAGGUGGAGGGCGCCCUACGGGAGAUAGGCCUCCUGUAGCUAGUCAAAGCCAAAGUGCGCCAAGGCUACCCUUCUGUCCGUCUUCUACCACCAUCAUCAUCGGCAUCUUGUCUACCUUGGCUGCCUUGGCCUCAAUGCACCCUGCACGCAACUAUCUCCGCAAGUCCAGUUUCAGUUUCAUGAUUGGACUUUCCACUGCUCACUUCCUUUUCAUUCUAAAUUGCCUUUCCAGAGUGAUGUUUAUGUAGUCCAUCAUGGUUUUUAAAAAUCAAAUGUGAAAUACGGUGGAUUGUUUGAGUAUAAUUCUCCUUGUGGUAGCAUCCUCAUGUUCUCAGUUCUAUGUAUUGUGUUAGGAAAGCUCCAUCUGUCACUGGAUUCGUACAAAACUCAGGGGAUCAAUUUUUAUAAAUACAGUAUGUGGUGAUGGUUGCUUGAGUUGCUGAACUGGAAUUAGGUUGGGGGAAAAGGCUUGGUUUGCAAUGUCCAAUUCCAUACAAGCAGUGUAAUUUUUUUUCACUUUCUGUAAAGCUCUAUUUAACUUUAUUUCAGAUCUCACAAAUUGUGCUUAAUACUCUACAUGUAGAAAAUAUUUUUCAUUAUCUUCUACCGAAAGAUGCAAAAUACCCUUUCUGUGAAAGCAUAAAUACAGUAUCAUUGUUAUCUGAACCAUUUUCAUAGUAAUGUUCUGAAGGAUGAACAAAUGUCCUUCUAAAGGGACCAACAUAGAUAAAUAUUAUAGUGUCAAAUGAUGUAAUAUAAUGCAAUAUCAAUUCUUUAAAAUAUGUUAAACUGAUAAUCAAAGUUAUUUUAAUAAUUCAAUUACUUCUAGAUGAGCUUAGUACAUAGCACUAUGGUUGUGGGUCUCUCAGACCCAUCAAGCAUAAAUGUGUGAUGAUUUUUGCGCACUUGUUUGUUGUUGACAGGGGAGACCAAAGUACUGUCUUGAAAUAAUUACUUUCUAUUUUGUCGCUUCUCAUUUCUCAAAAGUAUUUGCUGAGGUAUUUACUUGUUUUGUUCCAAGUUCAAUGGUUUUGAUCUUAUGAUUGUAGACAUGUCCUUUGUAUGGAGAGCUAAUUAUUCUGUGAUCCAUGUUCUUGCCUUUUAGUUGUUCAAAUGUGUGUAAACACUUCAAUGGCCGUUAGCAUGUUAUGGCUUUCCUGUUCAUUCACAGUGUUUUACCAUUCUGCUGUCAAGCUAUCAACUUGCCAAGAUGUGCAAUGGUCUCUUGAAAUAAUUUCUUGUCAUUCUAUACUUGUCAAUUGAUUUUAUUGGUUUUGUUGUUAGUCUUAGUAUUAUGUAUGUAGCAAUAUGCCACUUAGUGGGCAGCAUAGUGCCAACCCAACUACAGGGGUUUUCCUUAGUAUUCCCUGUAGCUUUCAUGGGAUGUGCGUGUUGCGUGUGUCUUAUAAACUGUCCUAUGUGCUGUAAUUGCCAUAGAGCACCGAAAGCGUGAUAGUGCCAAUCCAAAUGUAGUUUGUACAUACAUAUUAUCCUAUCUAUGUUACUCAAAUUUAUUCAGUUAGGGAUCAGAAUUAUUUAUUGUGCUGUUUUCAAAGGCUCAACAAUUUAAUACUGCUGGUCUAAAUAGUAAAAUGUGAUAACCUUGCCUAAUUGAGCCAAAAUAUUUCAAAGGUCAAUUUUAUUUUAUUUUUCUGUCUUUUGUGGAGUUUUAGUGGUUUCAUAAUUGGUGUGACUUCUUGUAGUAGGUGUGCACCUCAAUAAGCAUCAAAAGUAUUAGAAUACGUAAUUGCAAUCAAUUCUAUCUUUAAAAAAAAAAUUAAAAAUUCCCAUUUAAAUAUCAUUAUCAUAUCAAGCUAUCUAAUGUUUUUGAGAUAUAAAGGCAAGUACUGCAUUAACAUGUUGACUGUGAUUGGUUUUGUAAUGUCUUCGGAUUGAACCCAUAUGGGUAGACUUGUCGCAGUCAGCGUGUUAAACCAUAUUAAUCAAAAUAAAGAGUCUAUAGUCAAAUAAGAAUUUGAGGCACAUGACAGAAGUAAAUUACGUUCCCAUACAGAAUUUUGUACUGAACUUAUGUUGCUUCGUGUGAUAGGAGCCUUUCAAAGUAUAUAAUUACUAGCUUGCAUUGUGGCAGUGAUCCAGACCAAAGUAUACAUACAUAUAUAAAUAUAUAUUCUUCGUAUUGUCACACAUGGGUUCUUUUUUUUUUUUCAUAUUUUGUUUUUCAAAGUAUAUCAAUGUAGAUGAGGUACAAAUAAAAAGAAACCAAUGUCCUGGUGUAAUUGUGUUCAAGAAAAAUCAUUUUUCUUUUAGUUUGCCUUUGCUAAUUCCUUCAAUCAUUUGCUCUUCCUUUCAUGCAGUUAACUUCGUCAUGUACACAUUUACUCAGGGUUAUAUCAAAUUUGAGUCUUGAGGUUGAAGUGUAUCUUUUCUGAAUCUAUUCUUUUCCGUUAAUUUACUUGUGCAUCUAGCAGAAGAUCUCAUUUGUGUUCUUAAGUUGUUCAGAGCAAACAUCACUUCUAAAAUUUGAAAGAAAGAAAAGAAAGUUACUGUUUGAUUGUUUACAUCAGCAGGAUGAUCACUUUUUAGGUAUGUCCCUCAUGUUAUUAGGACUUCAUUUUGAAUUUCCUUUACAAUUUGAAAAUGCUUCUUUACUUUCUUUGUUGCUUCAUUGGGUGCUGGAAAUUCUAAAUGGCUAGCAUGGCUGAUUUAUGAUUUGGAGAGCUGUUACAGUUCAUGUUCACCAUACAAAGUUUCCUGGGUACUGUUAGAGAUGCAUGUAUUUUUUUUUAAAUCACAAAUUAAUAUCAAGUGCAUUUGACUUUUGUCCCUUUCAUAUGUAGUGUGAUGCCACAUUACCACUAAGUUUAUGACAAUUGCCUCUAUUGUAGCUAUUCAACUCUACACCUUUGAAUCUGUAUUAGGAACAUUCAUUGCAUACAUUCUCUAUGUUUCUGGUUCAAUUUCGGACUUCAGGUGGCAUUUUUGAAGCAACUAAGAAUCAACAGGAGCUUGUUUUGUCAGGCAAUUAGGAUUAAGGGACAGAAGUCUGUGCUGUUCAAUAAUUAUGACUGUUUUCUUUUUUAAAACUUUUUUUUUCAUCAUUUUUCAAUUUUAAUUUCUUAAAUUGGUUUUACAGCAUAUCCUUUGUAGAUAAUUGGAAGUGAAUCAUAAAAGUUCUCCAUUUUGUUUCUUCUUACAUUAAUGAAUUUUGGUACCUACAUGACAUUUUCU